GGGUUAAGCCACGACCACUUUUCAACACGUCGCGUUCGAGCACAUCUCCUUUCCCUCUUGCCUGACAUCGCAUCCGCGUUGAAAUAGCUAUCGCCAUGAACCUGUCCUUGUACACUGUCUCUGCGUUCCUCAUCAUCGACACCGACGGUCACCGCGUCCUAGCCAAGUACUACCAUCCAAAGAGUCAUCCUAAUGGCGAGUCGCAGAAGUUCCGCAUGGUGAAGGAACAACGCGCAUUCGAGAAGGGACUGUACCAGAAAACAAAGAAGGCGGGAGGAGACAUCAUCCUAUACGACGGGCAGCUAGCAGUGUACAGGCACUCGCUAGACCUGAUCUUCUAUCUCAUUGGCGACCCCGCUGAGAACGAGCUCAUGCUGUACUCUGCGUUGGUCGCGUUCUCCGAUGCAGUUCACAUGCUCUUGCGGAACCAAGUCGAGAAGCGAGCCGUCUUGGAGAAUCUCGACCUCGUGCUACUAUGCUUGGACGAAACGAUCGAUGACGGAAUCAUCCUCGAAACCGACCCAGCAGCGAUUGCAUCGCGGGUCAGUCGACCAAAGGCGGACACGACAGAAAUCGUCAUCAACGAGCAGACAAUCAUGCAGGCGUACAUGACCGUGAAAGAGAAGAUGCAGCAGCGAAUAGGGCAGUUGUGAAGUUGCGACCGGGUGACCUUGUAUAUUACCCCGUGUAUCGUCUGUUCCCUUUAUGAUGACACUGUCUGAUACCACGC